AUGGAGGCUGCGCCCGCGGCGGUCAUGGAGCGGGAGCGCCUCACGGCGGAGAUGGCCUUCCGCGGCGCGGACGAAGCUCUGCGGGACGGCGGCGGCGAGCCGGCGCCCAGCAUCGUCAUCAAGAUCCGCCGCCGGCUCCCGGACUUUGCGCGCAACAUCAAGCUCAAGUACGUCAAGCUCGGGAUCCGCCACGGCGGCAGCCCCACGUCGGUGCUGCCUAUGCUCUGCGUGCCGGCGAUCGCCGCCGCCGCCUACUCCUUCGUCCGCCUCGACGUCAUCUACUACUCCAUCGACCUGCUCACCUGCGUCGCCUGGCUCGGCACCGCGCUGCUGCUGCUCACCGUCUACUACUUCAAGCGGCCCCGCCCGGUGUACCUCGUCGAGUUCGCGUGCUACAAGCCCGAGGAGCAGCUCAAGAUCUCCAAGUCGGCCUUCCUCGAGAUGACCGAGAGCACGGGGUCCUUCAAUGAGGCGGCGCUGGAUUUCCAGACCAAGAUCACCAACCGCUCCGCGCUGGGAGACGAGACGUACCUGCCCCCGGGCGUCCAGGCGCGGCCGCCCAGGCUCAACAUGGCGGAGGCGCGGAUGGAGGCCGAGGCGGUCAUGUUCGGGUGCCUGGACGCGCUGUUCCAGUCCACGGGGAUCGACCCGCGCCGCGACGUGCGCAUCCUCAUCGUCAACUGCAGCCUCUUCAACCCGACGCCGUCGCUGGCGUCCAUGAUCAUCAACCACUACAGGAUGCGCGAGGACGUCAAGUCGUUCAACCUGGGUGGCAUGGGGUGCAGCGCCGGCCUCAUCGCCAUCGACCUCGCCAAGGACAUGCUCCAGGCGAACCCCAACUCGUACGCCGUCGUGCUCAGCACCGAGAACAUCACCCUCAACUGGUACUUCGGCAACGACCGCUCCAUGCUCCUCUCCAACUGCAUCUUCCGCAUGGGCGGCGCGGCGGCGCUGCUGUCCAACAAGCGCGCGGACGCCGGGCGCGCCAAGUACCGGCUGCUCCACACGGUGCGCACCCACAAGGGCGCCACCGACGAGUGCUUCAACUGCGUGUACCAGCGCGAGGACGAGGUGGGCAAGGUGGGCGUCUCGCUGGCGCGGGAGCUCAUGGCGGUGGCCGGCGACGCGCUCAAGACCAACAUCACCACGCUGGGGCCCCUGGUGCUGCCUCUCAGCGAGCAGCUCAAGUUCCUCAAGUCCCUGAUGACGCGCCGCGUGUUCCGCGUCAAGGGCGUGCGCCCCUACAUCCCGGACUUCCGCCGCGCGUUCGAGCACUUCUGCGUGCACGCCGGCGGCCGUGCGGUGCUGGAGGAGGUGCAGCGCAGCCUGAGCCUGCAGGACACGGACAUGGAGCCCAGCAAGUGCUCCCUCCACCGGUUCGGCAACACGAGCAGCAGCUCGCUGUGGUACGAGCUGGCGUACGCCGAGGCCAAGGGCCGGGUGCGGCGCGGCCACCGCGUGUGGCAGAUCGGCUUCGGCUCCGGGUUCAAGUGCAACAGCGCCGUGUGGCGCGCGCUCCGCGACGUGCCGGCGCUGUCGUCGUCGUCGCCCGGCGCCGCGGCGGGGCCGGACAGGAAGGGCGCGCAGAGCAAGAGCUGCUGCAACCCCUGGGUGGACGACGUGGACAGGUACCCUCCCAAGGCGUACGUCUGA